AUGUCGGACGGAGAUCCGGGCUCUGCAAAGAAGCGCAAAGCUGGAGCAGAGUGCUUGAACGGCAUCUUGAAACGGUCGACGUUUCGCAUAGUCAAGCUUACCAUAGCUGCGGCGAACCGCCAAGACGCCUGGGAGAAGGGCUGGGUGAAUUACGAAAACGACCUGGUCAUCGUUCCCCUCUUCAAGCUGCAGCAUCCGGAGUGGGCCCAGUCCCAUUUGCAGAUGGACACAUGGCUCACCACGAUGCAUGUGAAUUGCAAUGGUGGCAUCUUUGAUUGCAAACGCCCGGACGUCAAGGUGUGGAACUUCUACAAGUUGGAGUCUGUUGAAAAGCAGUUCCAAGUCAAGACGUGCAUCCUGAAAAACUUGGUCACGAAGUCAACCAAAACCAUGAAAGGCGAUGAUGAGCAAUCCUGGGACUUGUUCUUCGGAAGCCCUGGCACUGCGGCGCUCUGGGGAUUCUGGGUGAGCCUUGGGGCGGACACGGAGAUUGCCAUCAUGAAGCAGAGCAGGGAUAUCAUGCCCGGCUCUGUCGUCCGCACAAAGACGCCCAUGAGCGAUUACUGCAAGAUACCAGCCGACUGCGUGUGGGAGUCCACUUCCCACAUCCUUGGGCAGAUCAGCUUCACGGUGGAUAUGCAGACAAGUUGGACGAAUUGGGUGGAACGCAUUAAGGCAAAAUCGAAAAUGGCAUUGAUUUUCGAUUUGGAAAGGGACAUCCAUAUCGCGGAGCGCGAGUUGGACUCCUUGAAGCGCAGGAAGAUGAAGCUUUCCCGCGAACUCAGCGAGGUGGAGCGGGCUGACAUGGGCGGCGAGGGCGAGGAAGCUGCGGGGUGCAGCAGCAGCAACAGCGGUGAGUGA